AUGCCAGAUCCUAAUCGGCAAAUGUUGGUAGCACAAAAGCAGCGUAAACCUAGAAAUAGGCGGCAAAUCCAACAGCCUGAAUCUAAUGAAGGCGCAGAUCACCCUCCUAGCGCUGAUCCCGAGCUGGCGUUCAAUAUAGCGCUGCGCGAAAGCUGGGAGAAGGAUGCUCGCGACUGUUUGUCACUAGAAGAGCGACUGAAUAGGGACAAAUUGAGAAGACAGGCUGGUGAGGAUCUACUCAGAGACCUGUGCGAACUCCCGCCUACGCCCCUCCACUGCCUCCUCGAACUCAUCACACUCAUCACUUGCGCCGCAGUGCACCUCCGUUACCGCCAAGAAGAAAUAUACCAGGAUAGUCCAUGUGCUUUAGCAACUUAA